AUUCUGAAUUCGUAAUUCGUUGCUUACUUGCUUCUUCUUAGAAAAUGGAAAUUAUCAAACAAGGUCAUUAAAUUUUGGGAAUCUAGAAAUAUGGACUUAAUUGAACUCGAGAAAGAAGUGGAAGAACUACGAAGGCUAUUGCAGAAAAAGGAAAAUGAGUUAUGCCUAUUAAAACAAAACUUGAAUAUUAGGUACAGCCGACAGAUCCUACUACCAGAGAUAGGGGUUAAAGGCCAGGAGAAGUUAAUGAGAGGCCGAGUGCUGAUAGUUGGUGCUGGAGGGCUGGGGUGUCCUGCAGGUGUUUAUUUGGCAGGAGCUGGAGUAGGUGAACUGGGUCUGGUAGACUACGAUGCUGUGGACAUCACCAAUAUACACAGACAGUUCCUGCACGGAGAGAAGAUGCAGAAUAUAAGCAAGGCAGACUCGGCUGCUAGAAGUCUUAGAAGUAUAAAUUCCCGUAUCAAAAUCACGGCACACAACAUCCAGUUGAGUGCGAGUAACGCGCUGGAGAUCGCGUCACUCUAUGACGUCAUCCUGGACUGUAGUGACAACGUGCCCACGCGGUACUUGUUGAAUGACGUCUCAGUACUCACCAAGAUACCUUUAAUAUCUGGAAGCGCUUUGAAGAUGGAAGGACAACUCACUAUCUACGGUUACAGAGAAGUCGACGAUAAAAAAAAGGAACGUUACACCGGACCGUGCUACAGAUGCCUGUUCCCGUCACCUCCGCCGCCAGAGGCCGUGGGUUCGUGCUCCGCCAACGGCGUGUCGGGUCCUGUGCCCGGGACCAUUGGUUGUCUCCAAGCUCUGGAAGCCAUUAAGCUUCUGGUUGGGAGGAACCGGGAGUCGCUCCUGGUGCAGAGGAUGCUAAUAUUCGAUGGAGACGACAUGACCUUCCGAACUGUGAAACUUCGUUCGCGCAAUGAUAGAUGUGCCGCUUGCUCCGACAACGCAACCUUGACGGAACUAAUAGAUUACGAGGCGUUGUGUAGCAUGCCGGCCAAUGAUAAAGAAUUAGAUCUACACAUCCUGCCUCCAGAACACCGGAUAGGAGCCACCGAGCUGGUGCAGCAAAUGAACAAACCCGGUCACUUAUUGGUUGACGUGCGAAGUGAGAACGAGUACCAGAUGUGCUGCAUAGAGGGCGCUGUCAACUAUCCAAUAGACAAGUUGGAGAAAAUGUUUGAAGAACUUAUGGAAAAUAUCAGCGGUGCUUCACGAGUGACAUUUAUAUGCCGUCGAGGAAACGACUCCCAAGUUGCAGCGAAACUAGCGAUGGAGAAAAUAGAGAAGAACAGAGAGAAGAUCCAAGAUGUUGAGGGAGGACUGCACGCUUGGGCGAAAUACAUUGACAGAGACUUUCCUGUUUAUUAAAAUCUUUAUUCUUAAUAUCGUAAUUCGGUGUGGAACUAUUGAAAAUCAUAUAAACACUAGUAGUGUCACCCGCAAAUGGACUGAUUUUCGUCACUAAAACUAAUAUAAACAAUAAACAUGAGAGGACCAAGUAUAGAUCCCUGCGGAACACCCUUUUUUAUUAUGCACCCAGUUGAUAGUUUUGCUAUUAAUGUUGUAAUUUCUUGGAUCAAAUUUCUUAAAUAACAAGUAAGAAGAUGCAAAGAGCUGUUCCUGCUUUUGUAUUGAUGCAAUUGUCUGAUUAAGAUUUAUGAUGAAUGUAAUCAAAUGCCUUGUACAAAUUUGAAAUUUUUAUUCUAUUAAAUAUAGUAAAUAAUAAGCGUUUAUGGGCUUAAUUAAUAUGCUAUAGGCGUGAUGAGAAGUGGUGACCAGACAUGCGUUGCCGGCCUUUAUGUUGGGAGUGCGCUCUAUGCUUGUAGGUUCCUAAAUCGUAUCGGUUGGGGAAAACUGGUGCCUUGAUUCCACAAAGUGGCUGUGCGAGACAAGAACUUUAUCGCAAUAUGAAAUAAUAUGUAUAGAACUGGAUUGUAAAAUCUGUAAAUAAACUACAAUGGCUAUAUAAA